GGAGAGGACCCGUUUAUUCAGCUGCUGAAUGAGGGACGGAACGGAGGCAAGGAUGAACAGAUAGAGGGAUGAGUGAAUGAAUGAAUGAAUGAACGGAUCCCGACCAGGUUCUUCUUCCAGAGUACCGAUCCGGAUUUGGACGUCACUCCACGCUGCGCUGACCCAUUAGAACUCAGUAGAGUCCAGUGAAGGCCCGGCCGCAUCAGCAGAAAUGGCUCCAGCAGCCAUGUCUCUGCCUCCAUCCCCUCUUACUUCCCUCCACCCAUCCCGCCUCUCCUCAACCCUCCUCUUCUUCCUCCUCUCCGCCUUUCUCCUGCUGUCGUGUCCUGGAUCGGUGCACGCAGGCUCACAUGAGAAAAACUGCUCAGCCAGUGGAGACCCCUGUCAAGAAGGAGUGGUAUUACCCGUGUGGAACCCUCAGAACCCCUCUGUAGGGGACAAAGUGGCACGGGCCAUUGUUUACUUCGUAGCACUCAUCUAUAUGUUCCUGGGAAUGAGCAUCAUAGCGGACCGAUUCAUGUCUUCUAUAGAGGUCAUAACAUCCCAAGAGAAGGAAAUCACUAUAAAGAGGCCGAACGGUGAGACCACCACCGCCACGGUCAGAAUCUGGAAUGAGACCGUUUCUAAUCUGACUCUAAUGGCUCUGGGUUCUAGUGCCCCCGAGAUACUGCUGUCUGUUAUUGAGGUGUGCGGUCACGGUUUCGAGGCAGGCUCUCUGGGUCCCAGCACCAUCGUGGGCAGUGCUGCCUUCAACAUGUUCGUCAUCAUCGCCCUCUGUGUGUACGUGGUUCCCGACGGAGAGACGCGCAAAAUCAAACACCUUCGGGUGUUCUUCGUCACGGCGGCCUGGAGUAUCUUCGCCUACAUCUGGCUUUAUCUGAUUCUGAGUGUCUCUUCCCCUGGAGAGGUGGAGGUAUGGGAGGCGGUGUUGACCUUCCUCUUCUUCCCCCUCUGUGUGGUCCAGGCCUGGGUGGCCGACCGUCGCCUCCUCUUUUACAAGUACGUCCGAAAGCGUUACCGUGCUGACAAGAACCGAGGCAUCAUCAUUGAAACUGAGGGAGGGAACGAUGGAGGGAUGGGUAUGGCCGGAGGAGCACUGGGUCCGGGGGGUUUCACCAAGAUGGACAUGCUGGAGCUGGACGGACAGAUGGCAUUAAACUGUCACAGUGGGAUGGAUGGAGGGUUGAUGGAAGAGGGAGGAGCUAAGGAUGAAGAGGACGAGGCCAGAAGGGACAUGGCGAGGACGCUGAAGGACCUGAAGCAGAGGCACCCAGAUAAAGACAUGGAGCAACUGAUUGAGAUGGCUAAUUAUCAGGUCCUGAUGCAGCAGCAAAAGAGCAGAGCAUUCUACCGUAUCCAGGCAACCAGGAUGAUGAUCGGAGCUGGCAACAUCCUGAAGAAGCACGCUGCCGACCAGGCUCGCAAGGUGGUGAGCAGCCAUGAGACCCAGGCCCAGGAGGACGACCCUCACACCAUCAGGAUGGAGUUUGAACCCUCUUUGUACCAGUGCUUUGAAAACUGUGGCUCCUUAAAACUAACCGUUGCCAGACAUGGAGGAGACCCUGGAGUUACUGUCAAGGUGGAUUAUCGCACAGAGGACGGUACGGCAAACGCAGGUUCAGAUUAUGAGUUUGCGGAGGGAACACUGCUGUUUAAGCCAGGAGAGACCCUCAAAGAGAUCACAGUCGGAGUGAUUGAUGACGACAUCUUUGAGGAGGAUGAGUAUUUCUACGUCCACCUAAGUAACCCUCGAGUGGUUGGUUAUCCUGAGAUUGGUACUGCCCCAUUGGAUGCCAGUGCCACCCCCAAAGCCGUGCUGGGUGACAACCACACAGCCACAGUGACCAUCUAUGAUGACGAUCACGCAGGUAUCUUUACCUUUGAGAGUGCCAGUCAGAGGGUGAGUGAGAGCGUAGGUGUGAUGGAGGUGAAGGUGCUCAGGACUUCGGGGGCCCGAGGCCUGGUAGCUGUCCCCUACCGAACUGUGGAUGCCUCUGCUAAAGCAGGAGAGGACUAUGAACUGGCAGCUGGCAAGCUGGAGUUUCAGAAUGACGAGACCAUGAAGAUCAUCGAGGUGAAGAUUAUUGACGACGAGGAGUAUGAGAAGAACAAGACCUUCACCAUCGAGCUGGGAGAGCCCAUUCUGUUGGAGAUAGGGCAGAAACAUGGUGACUCCAAUGAGAACAAGCCGUUGGUGGGAGCAGAGGAGGAAGAGGUGGCAAAGAUGGGCUGCCCUAGUUUGGGCGAACACACACAAGUAGAGGUGGUCAUAGAAGAGUCCUACGAGUUUAAGAGUACGGUAGAUAAGUUGAUCAAGAAGACAAACCUGGCCUUGGUGGUGGGAAGCAGCAGCUGGAGGGAGCAGUUUGUCAGUGCCGUUACUGUCAGCGCAGGAGACGAUGACGAGGAGGAGAGCGGCGAGGAGCGUCUGCCGUCCUGCUUUGACUACAUCAUGCACUUCCUCACCGUCUUCUGGAAGGUUCUGUUCGCCUUCGUCCCGCCCACGGAGUACUGGAACGGCUGGGCCUGCUUCAUUGUCUCCAUAUCGCUUAUCGGUGUCCUGACUGCAGUCACUGGUGAUCUGGCGUCACACUUCGGCUGCACGAUAGGACUGAAGGACUCUGUGACGGCUGUGGUGUUUGUGGCACUGGGAACAUCGGUGCCAGACACAUUCGCCAGCAAGGUCGCCGCCAUCCAAGACCAGUACGCUGACGCCUCCAUUGGCAACGUCACCGGCUCCAAUGCCGUCAACGUUUUCCUCGGCAUCGGCGUAGCAUGGACCAUCGCCGCCAUCGCCUGGCGCUCCAAGGGCCAGGCCUUCAAGGUGGACCCAGGAAACCUGGCCUUCUCCGUCACCCUCUUCACCAUCCUGGCCGUGUUGUGCGUAGUCACACUGCUGUACCGGCGGCGGGCGACGGUGGCCGGCGGCGAGCUGGGCGGGCCGCGGACUUGCAAGAUGCUAACGUCGCUGCUGUUCGUCUCAAUGUGGUUGAUUUACAUCCUGCUGGCUUCACUGGAGGCCUACUGCCAUUUACCAGGGUUUUAAACGGAGAGGAAAGGGGAGGGUGAGAGACCCACUGCCAAUAUGAAGAGAAAGAGAGAGGGAGGGUUGGAGGAGUCUGGAGGAAGACAGGAUGAUGAGAGAUGAGGAGUAGAGGUGGAUCAAUAUGGGCCGAUUUUGAUAUUUUUAUGGAGUCAGCAGAUCUUUUCAAUUUUCUCCUUUUUUUAAAGUCCAAAACAAUUUCCAGUGUUUCAGAUAGAUUUAUUUUUCUCUUUCCAUUUAUUUAUUUAUUUACUGAAAAAGAGUGUAUACCAGUAUGAAACAUUAAAACUCCGUGAAUAUAUCCAAACAUUCUUUUUGCUUUAGCAGACCUUCUGUCUGUCCAGUGAUGGAGAAACUUGUAGGAUACGUUAACUCUUUGAAUUGAGAGUUAUUUAACAGAAAGAAUUAAUGAGAAAAAUGCAACACAGGUCUUAAAGAGCGCUUUUAUGUUACCUCAUCCAUCAUCACCCGUGGGAAACGCUGUUUAAUGGUUAAUAUAAGGCUAAUAUCGUUCCAGUAUAAUGGCAAACCAGCAGGAGAGAAGAAGAGACAGACAGUGAGGAGAGCUUUUAGCCGGCCUCCGAGGGGAACAGUGAGGAUGAAGAGGAAGGAUAGGGGUGAAAGAUAAAAGAGGGAAAGUUAAGAGAGGAGGCUGCAGGCAACAACACUAGAGAAAGGUCUGGAUAAAGUCAAUGGGGAGACUUGAGAAAAUACGACAGAAAUAAGUAAAAGAAGAAGAAGAGAUGGGGAAAAUAUUAUUCUACACCCCCUCCUCACGCUCUCUCUCUCGCUCCGUCCAUCUUUGCUGUCUCUCGUCGUCACGAGAACAGUGGAUCCUCCUAUCAUACUGUACCCACUGAACUCUAUCUAAUACUACCAGUGACUUAUUUCUUUUAACCCCUCUUCUCACACACACACACUUCGGGGCCCUCAGGUGAAUCUGCAGUGGAGGACCACUCACUAACUUGCGGGCGAACAGGCAAGAUCAAAACAGACAACUUUUUUCCUUCUCUUUUUAAAAAACACUGUGCGAAAUAGUCCUUCCACCCCACAACACACACACACACACACACAAACUGUACACCCCCUUCCCAACAAACACUCUGCAGACUUUACACACUCCUCCAUCCCUCCCUCUUGCCUUACUCUUAUCUCCCCUGUAGGAAUUGUCUUAAAGUUGUGAUAAUGAAACGCUGUAGUCACCACCAACCAGUCCUCUUUUUUAAUUGAGCCAAUCCCAAGUCCCUUUCCUUUUACGCCAAUCAACAGCCUCGUUUAUCCCGCUAUGGAUCCCCCUCCUUUUUUUCUAAACUUUUCAAUGGCGUCACGUGUUGAUGUUGUUACCGUGCAAUUGUAAAAAAAAAAAAAUUUAAAUAAAGAGACAUAUAAAUAUUGUAUGGAGGGAUAGAGAUGAAAAAGCAGGUGGUUUGGAAGAUGGAAUGUAACGUGGAGGAUCAAGACGUUGGAUUAGCACCGGGAGGAAAUCUCAACAGUUGGAAGACGGAGCAAAAGAAAUGUUUGAUAAACAGAGUGAAGAUUAGAAACGUCUGGAGAACCAACGAGCAAGCAGUCCACCUAGUAAUAGUUGUCUUUCUUGCAAUGAAGAAGCAUUGUGCACUACACGUUGUGCUGUUUACACUCUAAUGUUGCAUUAAAUGUCGAGGAAAUGAACAUGUGAACAAGCAGAACUGGAGCCAAACAGGAAAUGAACCAAGAGACAUCAACAAACAAGGUUGGACGAAUCAGAAUGAAGGAUCUCACUGGUUGUGACCUUGACAAAGACCAACGGUUAUGACAGUGUUGUUGAUGACAAAUCAAAACUAUGACCAUACCCAGUGUUUCUAAUUGUACAUGGUAACAUAAGAAACUUUUAUUGAUGUGUGUGAGAAAACACUGAUAUUUAAUUUAUGUGAAGUUCCCCUCUUUGUAAAGAAAACCCUGGAGGAGGAACAGGACGAUCCACGUGAUCCCCCUUUUCCUCUGAAACACAGUUCAGGAAGACAUGUUAAGGAAAUCCAUCGCAAGGAAAAAAAAGGCUGUAAGAUGUCUAAACCUGAGAUGGUUCACAGGCAGAGAGGAGAGUCGAACGCUCUGAGUGAAAAUGUACGGCAGCUCUGAAAUAUCACACGACUGUUCGGCAGCAGUUGUAACGUUGGGACAUUUCUUUGUACUCAAAACACACAUCACAAGUCCUCUGUUGUCCAAAGAUUUAAUAGAAAAACACUGUCACAGAUCACCAUUCAUUUUUCAGUGUGCAGUUUUACCUCGCAGGUGUUGUACAAGCCCCACAAGCUGUCAGUUGUAGUUGAAAAAAAACUGGCACAUUUAAAUUCAUAAAGUUGUUCACACUACAGAUAAAUGUGCUUAAUCAUUAGUAUUUAUAUGGGUAUGAGCCUGUAUCUGAAGCUGUGGUAUUUAUUUUGUUUUUGUGAAACAUUUGUUGAUUCAGGCAUUGUGUGUGAAAGUGAAAGUAAGAUAUCAGAAUAGCUUAAAAUGACGAUAUUAUGCCACAUAUCAACCAUAUUCUUAGUGUUUGUGUGGAAUCCAGAGUUAUAUUAUGUCUGUGUUGAUACCCCUGUCUUGCCCAGGGGCCGGGCUGCAGCUGGACAGAAGGGAUGGCAUAUGGCUUGUCAGUGCAAAUAACUAUUGAGUGUAUUCCAUUUGUUAACAACAGCAUAGAAGGAAAAACUCUGCAACCAUUCCUCCCUUAACUGCCCACAGAGCUCACUGUCGACUUCAAGGAAAAUCCUGAAAAGAAAACAAUAAUUUAGCUUUUUGUUCACUAAGAGAAAAAUGGGACUGAAAACAACAAUUUACCUGCUCACCGUCCGCCUUGUUGAAUAUGGACAAAUUACCAGCUGCUUUCAGCUCAAUGUAAAUGCAGGCUUCACCGAGCCAGCUCAGUCGUGACCAGACUAAACACAACACGAGCUUGUCCGAUGCAGCCUUGGCAGAGUCAGUGCUCCCACAAAUGGAAGAUAAGUGGCGAUUUGGAGCAGAGGGGCAUUGAUCCGCUUGGGUGAAAAUGCCUGUAUGCUUCACCCCUUCCUUGCACUUUCUGACAGCUAUAAAGGAACGAAAGGAGAAAUAUUCCAAUCUUUAAUCGUACAAAGGUGCAGUGAAUCCUACUGUGAUUCAUUUAACAACUGUUUUCCAGCUCAAAGCUGCUGCAUCAGCUGAUUUCAGACAAGCUCGGCCAAGAUUCAUUGAUAGAAGGAGUUUGGCCACCUGCCAUGAUGUUCGAUUUCAAAGGAAUAUUUCUUGGCUGCAAAUAUUUAACAUUGCUGUCUAGAUAUUAGACAAAAUGGCACGCCCAGAGUUUCCUCCUCACAGAGGAGCUGCCUGGGAGCUCACAGGGAUCAGCAUGUUAAGUGCUUGCAAAGCUGUAGCCAGGAUUUAUAAGCACUGAGGUCAUGAGUCUGAGUCCCCCCUACUCCCUACACUCCACAGAAAAGUUUCUCGAACCCCAAAGCAAGCAUUCGGUUAGCUGUUCCAUUAUAUUUCCAUUUGAAGUUACUCUCCUACAUGCAGAUCGAAAUGUUUAAAGCCUCAACAUUACUGAAUCAUUUGUUUUUAAGCUAACAGCUCCAUGAAGCUACUGCUUAGGCACAGCAUUGUUCGAACUAAAUCCUAACGUCAGCAUGUUAGCAUGCUAAAAAUGCUAACAUGCUCAUCACCAGGGUCAUUGUCUUAGUUAAGUGUGUCAGCAUGCUAGCAUUUUUCAAUUAGCACUAAACAACUUGCAUCUGAGGCUGACAGGAAUGUGAAUAGUUUAGCAUGUAUUUGGUCAAAAACAGAAGUACUGGACAAGUUAGAAUUUCCAGCUGAUGAUAGCGCAAUCAAAGAGUUCACCAAAGUGGUUCCUGUACAAAUCAUCAUGUGGAGAAUUGUUCAGCUCCCGUUCUUGUUCAGAGCGGCAAAGUGUCCCAAAUGAUCAGGGGAUCCGUUCUUCUCUAAAACCUUGAGUUUUUAUACCUUUUUCUCUAUUCCUACAUGGACAUCCUUCAUCAGAUCUCCUUCUUUACUGCCCCGAAAUGAAAAGUCACACAUGGCAUGAUCACCUUUGCUAUGAUAAACAAGUGCUACAUGACCAAAACUUUGUGUCCUUUCCUAAAAGUUUAGUACUUCAGUAGGCUAUCCCCAAGCAACCCUGGUCAUGAACCCAUUUUUUGCUGAGCUUUGUUGAUCUGUUAAUCAAACCAUCUAUUUUAAUUCAGGUACUUCCUGUUUUCACCAGCCAUCGGUGUCUACUCAGCAGUGUCUGUACUUUCCACCCGUCCUUUCAUUUCCUGAUGCUGUUCUCCUUUGGUGUUUCCUCUUCGCCACUGGGCCCUGGCUCUGCCUGUGGUGGUGACAGGUCACUUAUUAGUGACAUGCAGGUUAGGUAAUCGAUCAUCAGCUCCAGUUCUUCCUCCUCUUUUUCUUCUUCUGGAUCUUCGGUGGUUCUGUCUUUUUAUUAAGUUCUUCUGGUGCUGCUUUGUUUUGCUCGUUUUGUGUUUGUGAUUCAGCAGGGUUAAUAUCUGACCUUUUUCUCUCAUGGAGGCUUCGAGGCCUCCUAUAAGGCCUUCUGGAUUUUGCAUCGACUUUGACAAAUGUCAGAACCAAAUUUCAUAGCAAUCCAUUCAUUCAUGUGUGUAGGCAUUUUACUCAAAUCCACAAAAAUUAACCUCAUGGUGAUGCUAGACAGACAAGUCAUGAAAUUACCAAAGUCCUUGGUCCUGGCAACAUGAAUGUUUGUACAAAGUUUCAGUGCAAUAUACCAAAUAGCUACAGAGCUAUAUCAGUCUGGACCAAACCAAUGUUGUCAUCCCUAAAGCCAUGCUGCUAGCAUGGCUAAAAACACUGAAUUCAGGCUGCGAAAGACCUGCCACGUGGAGGUUUCUAGAAUGUUAUGUCCCUCACAAUCUCUAAAAUGCCCUGAAAACCCCGAAAGACAUGACCUCAGUGUUCUGAAUCAUAGCUACAGCCCUGGAUGCUUGUUGACAUGGUGAAUGAGCUGAAACUGUCUGACUAACCAUCCGAAUCCAUUCAUUUCUGUAGUAUCCUAAAACGUAGGAGUAAACCCUCUGUGACGAAGGUCAUCAGCCAGCCACCAGUUUUGACAUGACUGUCACGUUGGCACGUCUCCUGGCCUUUCGAGACGUCAGGACGUCUGCCGGGCCAAACUCUGUUUCUCAAUGACUUAAGCUUCCGUAACAGUUGCCAGUUUAAGAAUGAGUGGGCUGGAUAAUAGUACUGCUGACGCCACAGGAACACAAGAAUACUGGGACUGAUUUAGAAAUGUAGGCUUUUUAAAGGUUGAUAAGCCUUGCUGGAGGACGACUGAGUGUGUGAGUGUGUCUGAGUGUGUGCAUGCUUUCUAAGUGAGUGAAGAAAUGCAACCAUAUUUUUAGUCUCUUGCCUGUUGCUUAGCGACCAUCUAUCUGCAAGCCGUUGUCCUCUUGACUGUUGCUGGUGUGUGUGUGAGUGUGUGUGAUCGUCUUUUGAUGUUUCUCACUUUGUAUGCCCGCCCUUCUUCUUCAGUGAAUGUGACAAUAUAGUUUCUCAUUCAUAUGUUCUCUCUCUGCGGGUGAAUCUCAACAUAUAUUACUCUUCAUAUGUUCAGGGUUUUUUUUAACGUGUGUUUCUUUUACUUUAUGUUUCUUGUGCCUCCCCUCGUCUGCAUGUGUAUCCAUUGUGUGUAGAUCUACAUGCGUAUUUGUGCCUUUGUGUGCUUGUGUUUGUUUGUGUCGGUUGGUGUUGUAAUCUCCUUAUAAGGGCUCGUCCCUGUGUGUCCCUGGCUGAGUCCAAUAUGCUAGAUUAAUGAAUUAGAAUGCCAACCUGACCCACAGUAAAAAAUGCCUGGAAAUUGGAUUCCCUUCCUAGUGUGUGUGUGUGUGUGUGUGUGUGUGUGUGACAGUGAGAGAGAGGCAGGUAGAUUGUGCCUGGUACUCUCCCCGCUAUGUGUGUGUGUGUGUGUGUAUGUGUACCCGUCGAAUCAGAUUAGAUAUAUAAUAGAUCUGGCUGGCGAUCAAGACUGGGAAUAGAUGGUGGCACACUGCUUGAAGAAGUGUGGUGUGUGUGUGCGUCUGUGUGCGUCUGUGUGUGUGUAUAGUAUGUGAGGAACUGUCAUACAUUAAGGUCGCUGACUCCACACACUGACUGGCUGAUGGCUAGCAGACACACACUCACAUGCACGUAUAAAUAUAAACAAAUGUACUGUACAUGCAGAAAACCAGAGGAUCGACACGCUGCUGGUACUUGGUAGCUUGGGCAUGUUUGAAUCUUUACAGUCUAUUAAACUAUUCAUAUUUUCCAGUAAUGUCACACUUCAGUUUAGUUAGAAAAAGACUACAGUGACCUGGGAUGAAAACUGAAAUGUAUUUAUUUCACUCUGUAAGUAUAUGGUUGCUUGUUUUUGCUGUGCAUAUGAGUAUGUGUAUGUUAGGGGUGUUUACAGACAUUACUAUAUGUAUCUAAGUUUGAAAUAUAAUAUUUAUUUGUAUUCUGGCACACCUUUCAUUGUUAAUGACAGUAGCUGCUGUCAUAUUUACAUUAUACCUAAUACAUUUUUUCUAAUUUAAAGGUAUACUAUGCAGGAUUGCUGGUUGCCGCUCGCCAGCAAAAGUUCAAGUAAACGCUAUACAGAAAAAAUACAGCAAAAAAUACACCACCACACACUUCCAGUGGGUCAUAAGUGUCGAUCGAGAGGGAUUACUUCUGUAUCAGUCAAUACAUUUUUAUGAGAAUCCUGCAUCGUAUACCUUUAAUUAUUUUGAUGUUGUUGCCAUAUAAGACGUAAAAUUUAAACAUAUUGAGUCAGAUAAAACCUGGCAUGUAUUUAAUGGUUGAAUGUCACCCCUCCCAAUCUGCUAAAACCCCGAAAUUCAGGGGGAAAAUCACCAAGGACAUGACCUCAGUGUCCUGGGUGUUAGCCACAGCCCUGCUGACUCUGCACAUUCAGCUGCAGUGAUGCACAACAAUGAGUUAAUUUCUUCAGUGCUGUUGUAUGCUCUGGGAAACAUAAAGACAUAAUGUAAAGGAUUUGGUUUCUGAAUUCAAAAAUAAUGCUGAACAAGUUUAAAAAAAAAUCACAUUUUAGAUUUGGAAACAUCCGAAGAAUGUGUGUGCCAGUGUGUGUGUGUGAGAGAGAGAGAGAGAGAGAGAGAGAAUUGUGUUAAUCAGCCGCUAUUUAUGUGUUUUUUAUUUUCUACCUUUCUUUUCUCCCUCUCUCUACUAUUAGCCACUCAAUUGCUCUCUACUUUCUAAAUAUUUAUAUAUUUUAUCACUUCAUAUUCUUCAUUUUAUUGAUAUAUCAUGCAGCCCUAUUUAUGAAGUCACAAAGUGCUUUUGAUAUGAAUAUCUGGUAUUUUAAUUUUUUCAUUUAUUUUAUUAUUGUACUCUUAUGGUCGAUAUGUUUCCAUUGUUUGUGUUGUUUUGGUGAUUUGUUUUGUAAAAAUAAAAAGCCCUCAGAGAGUAGAACAGCAAAUUAGCCUAGUAACAAAUUACAAUAAGUGUGCUCUUAUCCUUUUUAUUGUGUGUGUGUGUGUGUGAGAGAGAGAGAGAGAGAGAGAGAGAGAGAGAGAGAGAGAGAGAAAGAGAGAGAGAAUGCGUGCGUGUGUGUGUGGACGUGUGCAUUUCUUCAUAUCAUUCCAUCCACAAGUGUGUCGAUGCAUGAAUUAAACUCAUUCUGAAUACAGUGUUGAUGUUGGAACUGUCGUAGUAAAGAGUAAAGUAUUUUUAAACGAUGAAAAUGACAUGACAUGAAAAACGAUAUAGAUGUUUACAAAGACCAAACUUUUCUUUUCUCAUUUUUUUUUCUCAAAGAUGAAAUAAAACUUGACUGGCAAAUGCUCAGA